AUGCCCCUGGGGCUACCGGGAAAGAAAAAAGCCAAAGCCAAGGAGACUGCUCGGUUGGUGGAUAGCGAACAGCCGGCAGCGGGCGGUGGGAGCCUUCUGGACCAGGUUCCCAGACGCAGGCUGGUUUUCCACACGCAGCUGGCGCAUGGCAGCGCCACCGGCAGAGUGGAAGAUUUCUCCAGCAUCCAGGAACUGUACGCCAAGAUCGCGGGCGCUUUUGAGAUCCCACAGUCGGAGGUUUUAUACUGUACUUUAAACACACCAAAAGUUGAUAUGGAAAGACUCUUAGGAGUACAAAUAGGUCUUGAAGAUUUCAUAUUUGCCCAUGUGAAAGGACUUAUGAAAGAAGUGAAUGUGUAUAAAUCCGAGGAUUCACUUGGUCUCACCAUUACAGACAAUGGUGUUGGGUACGCUUUUAUAAAGAGAAUCAAAGCUGGUAGCCUUAUUGACUCUGUUAAAACAAUCUGUGUGGGAGAUCAUAUUGAAUCCAUAAAUGGAGAAAGAAUCGUUGGAUGGCGUCAUUAUGAUGUUGCUAAGAAGCUAAAAGAAUUAAAAAAAGAGGAACUAUUUACCUUGAAGUUAAUAGAACCUAAGAAGGCAUUUGAAAUAGAACCGAGGUCAAAACCUGGAAAGUCAUCAGCAGAUAAAAUUGGUACUGGAAGGGGGACACUUCGACUGAGAUCAAAAGGUCCUGCUACUGUGGAAGAAGUGCCAUCUGAAUCUGAAACAAUGGCAAUUAAAAAGGUUGAUGACCUGCUUGAAUUGUAUAUGGGAAUUCGAGAUACUGAUUUAGCUACCACAAUGUUUGAAGCUGGAAAGGACAAAGUUAAUCCAGAUGAAUUUGCUGUGGCACUUGACGAAACUCUUGGAGACUUUGCAUUCCCAGAUGAAUUCGUCUUCGAUGUUUGGGGAGCUAUUGGUGAUGCCAAACAAGGACGAUUAUGA